AUGGAGUGCUGCAGAAGGCCAAACAGGAGUGACAUCCAUCUCUCAGCGGAGGAAGAAGCCACCGUAGAGGCAAAAACCAGAGACUACUUUGAUGGGGUCGCACCGAAACGCCACACCAAGCCUCAACGCAGUGAUUAUUCUUCUCAAUAUGUCGAUGCUUUCUCCAAUGCCCAUCAAUCUUCUAUACCAGAGUUGGUCCACUUCCAACGCCUUGAAAAUGAUCCCCAAGAGAAGAAAUUGGUGUACAAUGGAAGUCAAGUAACAGAAGAAUUUGUGGAAACAGAGUAUUACAAAGAUCUCAACAACGUGGACAAACACCACCAUACGACUGGAACAGGAUUUAUCAGUGUAGAGAAAAGUGGAAAAAGCUUUCACAUAGAACCAGAUAAUGACACUGGUUGCCAUCACUCUUGCAAGUGCAAUCCAGCAACCAAUGAUUGGGUUCCUGCUCCUUCUAUGGAGGUGGAUUUCAAUUCAGACAAACCUAACAGGAGUGACAACUAA